AUGGACCGUGUGGAUAGCUCGAGCACGUCUCGUGUAAGAGGAAAGAAUAAAAGGAAUUGGUCUUCCGAUGAGGACGAUGAGCUUAUUAAAGAUUUGUAUGAGUUAUCUUUGGACCCGAGGUGGAAAGGUGAUGGUGACUUCAGGGGUGGAUACCUGGGGAUAUUGGAAAAGCAUCUUGCUGAAAAGUGUCCAAGCCAUGGUAUCACUGCAUCUCCGCACAUUGAAUCAAGAGUGAGGCACUUCAGGAAGAAAUUUGAUGUCGUUGAAGUAAUUCUAUCCAAAAGUGGUUUCACAUGGGAUGGAAGUUGA